AUGUCCGUCCCUGCGAACAGUCUGGCCUACCCCUGCCCCAUCUCGAUGAAGAUGUACAAGGAGCAGCGGCAGCGCCUGGGGGAGUCGCUGCACAGGGCAUUUCCCGAGGGUGGCCACGCGGCGGUGCUGCAGGCUGCGUCGGAAGUCCCGAUCAACUCUACCGACUGCAACUAUCUUUUUGUGCAGGAGAGCUACUACUACUACCUCUUCGGGACAGAGCUGCCGGAGGCGUACGGCGCGGUGCUCGCAGAUGGCACUGGGAUCGUCUUCAUUGCUCGCCUUCCGGCAGAGUACGCCACGUGGAUGGGACCACUGCCGACGCCCGAGGGCGUGAAGGCGCAAUUGGCGAUGGAUGAGGUGCACUACGUGGACGAGAUGGAGAAGGUGCUGAAGGCGCACGGUGUACACACCGCCGAGGUGAUGCAUGGCACCAACUCCGACAGCGGUCUCCACACGCUGCAGGCGAAGCUUCCCGAGGGGUCGUCGCUGACCCAGUCCACCAGCUUCCUCUUCAACACAUUGACGGCGCAGCGGGGCUACAAGACGGCGAUGGAGGCCGAGGUGCUUAAGUAUGUGUGCAAGGUGUCGAGCGACGCGCACGUGACGGUGAUGAGGAUGGCGAAGCCUGGCAUGUCGCAGCACCACCUCGAGUCUACCUUCUUGCACGAAGUGUACUACAAGGGCGGCUGCCGCCGUGUGAGCUACACCUGCAUCUGCGCCACCGGCCACCACGGCGCCACGUUGCAUUACCCCGACAACAACGCCCUUAUCGAGAACGGUUCGAUGGCGUUGCUGGACAUGGGCGGCAACUACCGCGGCUACGCGGCGGACAUCACGUGCAGCUUCCCCGUGAAUGGCAAGUUCACCGAGGCACAGAAAAUCAUCUACAACGCCGUGCUCGACGCGCACGACAAGGUGAUGCGUGCGAUGAAGCCUGGGGUUCAGUGGGUGGACAUGCACCUACUCGCCAUCCGCACCAUCUGCACCCACCUCAUCGCCGCGGGUUUGUUGAAGGGCGACCUGGAUGUGAUGAUGAAGAAGGAGAUCAUGCAGUACUUCCAGCCGCACGGCCUCGGCCACCUGAUUGGCAUGGACGUGCACGACGUCGGCGGGUACAUGGAGGGCUACCCAGAGCGUCCUACCAAGAAGGACUGCUGCCGUCUGCGCACGGCUCGGCCGGUGGAGGAGGGCAUGUACAUGACUAUCGAGCCCGGCUGCUACUUCAACGCUGCUCUCCUGGCGAUGGCGAAGCAGAACAGCGAGGUUGUGGAGCACCUAAAUCUGGAAAAGAUUGAGGAAUUCGCUGAUUUUGGUGGUGUGCGGAUCGAGAGCGAUGUUCUCGUGACGAAGGACGGCGUCGUGAACUACACCGUGGUGCCGCGUACAGUGGAGGAGAUUGAGCGCACGAUGGCUGGUGCGGAGUUUUCGAAGGACAUCGAAGUGUACCACAACUGA